ACGCCCAACUCCCUCUGAAUCGUGCACCUUGGUGCUGAGCACACAGCAAAAGUUUUUAGCUUCUCCUCAGUUUCUGGUGCUUCUCAGGGGAGAGGAAAGGACUUUGGCUUUAAACACAAGAGGCGGUCAGGGAACCAUCUCCUUUAACUUUUCUUCUGUGUGAUCAUUUGCGAUGAAGAGGAAACAGAAGAGAUUUCUGCAGAUGACUUUGUUAUUCAUGGUGGCUGUAAUUUUCCUGCCCAGUAUCGGUCUCUGGUCGCUGUACAAGGAUAAGCACCUGGUGAAAUCGACGGAGCCCGGAGAGCAGCAGACAUUUCCACUGGGCCUGGGAGAUGGGCAAUUCUAUGCAUGGACAGAUGGUUUAAGAAGAAAGGACUGGCAUGACUAUGGGAGCAUUCAGAAAGAGGCUAUGCGCUCAGGGAAAGGUGAACAUGGGAAACCUUACCCCCUCACUGAAGAGGACCACGAUGAGUCAGCUUACAGGGAAAAUGGUUUCAAUAUUUUUGUCAGCAACAACAUUGCUCUAGAGAGGUCCCUGCCAGAUAUCCGCCACGCAAACUGUAAGCACAAGAUGUACCUGGAAAGGCUACCAAACACCAGCAUCAUUAUCCCAUUCCAUAACGAAGGCUGGACUUCACUCCUCCGGACCAUCCACAGCAUCAUCAACCGAACCCCAGAAAGUCUGAUUGCAGAAAUCAUCCUGGUUGAUGACUUCAGUGAUAGAGAACACCUGAAGGAGAAGCUGGAAGAAUACAUGGCUCGGUUUUCCAAAGUGAGGAUUGUUCGCACCAAGAAAAGGGAAGGGCUGAUCCGGACCCGACUCCUGGGGGCGUCCAUGGCCAGAGGCGAGGUCCUUACGUUCCUGGACUCCCACUGCGAGGUCAACGUCAACUGGCUUCCCCCGCUCCUCAACCAAAUUGCACUCAACCACAAAACCAUCGUGUGCCCCAUGAUCGAUGUCAUUGACCACAAUCACUUUGGGUACGAGGCCCAGGCCGGGGAUGCCAUGCGCGGCGCCUUCGACUGGGAAAUGUACUACAAGAGGAUUCCCAUCCCUCCAGAGCUGCAGAGGGCGGAUCCCAGCGACCCUUUUGAGUCUCCCGUUAUGGCUGGAGGUCUCUUUGCUGUGGAUCGCAAAUGGUUUUGGGAGUUGGGGGGCUAUGACCCAGGUUUGGAAAUCUGGGGAGGAGAGCAAUAUGAAAUCUCUUUCAAGGUUUGGAUGUGUGGAGGAGAAAUGUUUGACGUUCCAUGUUCUAGAGUUGGUCAUAUCUACAGGAAGUACGUCCCUUAUAAAGUUCCAUCCGGGACCAGUCUGGCAAGAAACCUGAAGCGGGUGGCGGAGACCUGGAUGGAUGAGUUUGCCGAGUACAUUUACCAGCGGCGCCCGGAGUACCGGCACCUGUCCACGGGGGACCUCUCCGCGCAGAAGGAGCUGCGCAGACAGCUCAAGUGCAAGGACUUCAAGUGGUUCAUGGCGGCGGUGGCCUGGGACGUGCCUGAGUACUACCCUCCAGUGGAGCCCCUACCCGCAGCCUGGGGGGAGCUUCGAAACGUGGCAGCAAAUCUCUGCGUGGACAGCAAGCAUGGAGCCACAGGGACCGAGCUGAGGCUGGACGUCUGUGUCAAGGACGGUUCUGAGAGGACGUGGUCUCAUGAACAGCUCUUCACCUUUGGCUGGAGAGAAGAUAUUCGGCCUGGUGAGCCCCUGCACACCCGAAAAUUCUGCUUCGACGCCAUCUCCCAUAGCAGCCCGGUCACUCUGUAUGACUGUCACGGCAUGAAAGGGAAUCAGCUCUGGGGACAUCGAAAGGACAGAACAUUAUUCCAUCCUGUGAGUAACAGCUGCAUGGAUUGCAACCCAGCAGAGAAGAAGAUUUUCAUGGCCAGAUGUGACCCUCUCUCCGAGACUCAGCAGUGGAUUUUUGAACAUAUUAAUAUGACUGUUUUAGAAAAAUUUAACUACCAUGCCAGCUCCUAGAAAGAAAAAAAGGAAGAAACAGUGAUCACCUACAGGUUAUAAAAACUAAAUUUUAGCCAGUCUCUGGGUCAAAGGAGUCAGGAAUAACAUUUCCUAGAUCCAGGAAGUCUGGUUUAAAGAUAUGUAGAUGCCACGUCAAAGUAGGUUGUCCCGAAGAACUUCCUGCACCUGAGGAACUUGGCUAAGAACCUCACCAGCUGCUUCUGAGAACUUGAGCAGUCCCCUUGCUGGCCAAGGGCAAAGAUGAUUUAGGUACUUUUGCAAACAACCGCUGAGUUAAUGAAUCCUAGCAUUUCUCAGGUCAAAUCCUGCAGUAGUGAGUAGCUAUGAAUGGAUCCUCUUAAGCGGGUGGGUGGGGUGCAGGUGAAGGGCAUGACCGCUCCGACGACCUGUCGCAGGUUUAGAAC